UAUUCAUUUUAUUACUUGUACUGCCAAAUACUUCAAGACAAUUAGAUAUGUGGAACACGAUUUGCAGUCAUACCUAAACGAAAUAAUAUACAUAAACACAAACUACUUUGUGGAAUGGAGGGUCGGAAUCUAAAACUCGAAGCGGAUUGUGGACCAAUUGAUGAAGAUCUGGAAAAGGAAGAAGAUCCCAGAAAACCUUUGGCGAACAGCAUUGAUUUCCGAGAAAAGUCGAUAGUGGAAAACAUAAAUGCUGACCAAGAUGCCAUAGCCAAAAUCCAAUAUCUUAGCUCAGAGCACGGCAUGUUGGACAAAUAUCUAGAUAACCAGGAGCAAGAUACAUCACUUCGCAAGUAUUUGGGCGUCGGUGUUCAUUGGGUCUCCCUUCUCACCGAAAACGUUUUGAGCCAUCCCUUUCUAGUGUUGCGUUGGCAGUGUCAGGUUUAUAAUGCAUCCAAGUGUUACCACCUACAUCCCUUUACCCUGCUACCCAGUAUUGUCCAUUUGCACCGCCGUCAAGGACUAACGACAUUGUGGAAGGGAAUGGGAAGCUGCCUCCUUGUGCGCGGAAUGUCCUAUGCCAUCGACGAUUCCGUCUCGAAACUCACCAGUUGGCCCAAGGAACUGGAUAGUCGAAUGACCCUAAAGCGAUUCGGACAGCAUGUUCUCCUAAAAUCUAUAAGUAUCGGGAUGGUGGUGCCAUUUCACGCCGUUUCUUUGGUGAGGACAGUGCAAAGCGACAUUGCCAGCGAAAAAACAGGACUUCUAGAUGUCCUGCGGGAGGGGGGAAUGCGUCUUUUCUACUGGAGUUCCCCGCAAAAAGGACGAAUGAUGCCCGCUUGGGCUUUAAUCGGUCCCAGCAUAUCGAUUGGCAUUACAAAGUAUCUUUUCAACUUGUUAAUACACGGCGCUUCUAAGCGCAUGAUGCGCAGGAGGAUAGCGGACUUACAUAAAAAUCGUGGCAGGAAAUUUUGUGACCAAAAGCUGGACAAUCAAAAUGCGGAAUUAUAUGCCGGUCUCAUCGCCAUGUUAACCACCGAGGUCAUAUUCUAUCCUUUUGAGACCAUUUUGCAUCGAUUGCAACUGCAGGGCACUCGAACAAUAAUCGAUAACCUCGAUACUGGCUAUUCCGUUGUCCCGAUUCUAACAAACUAUCAAGGAGUUUUCGAUUGUUAUCGCGAAAUAAUUCAUUCAGAGGGUUUUUCUGGUCUCUACAAGGGCUUUGGAGCAAUGAUCAUGCAAUUCGUAGCCCAUGUGGCCAUAAUUAAACUGGCCAAAUGGAUCGUCAAUCAAAUAGUUCAGGGUAUGUCGAAUCGUCCAUCAUCACGAGCCAUACAACCCUAUAAUCUCGAUGGCAUUUCCUACAACAAGAGUAUUACGACACUAUCGCCAAGCAUUUCCAGCACCGAACUGGAUGCGACCAGUCUGGAAAAAUAUAUACUGGAUUAAGCA